AUGGGAAACGACGCGGAAACUACGCCGCCAGCUGCUUCCGCAGCAGCGGAAGAGCAGAAGCCCACCGAUGCAGCCGCGGCUGAUGCGGCUCCCGCAGUAGAUGCUGCUGCUGGGGAGGGGGAGGAAAAGAAACAGGAGGGGGAGGGAGCGGAGAAGAAAGAGGGGGAGGGGGAGGGAGAGGGCGAGGGCGAUGGGGUUGCUAAGAAGGACGCCGAUGAGCUUCAGUUGUACCCUCUGGCGGUUAAGGGACCCGCUGGAGAGGAGAUCGAACUGCAGGUGAACCCCGCAGAUACAGUGAUGGACUUGAAGCAGUUUCUCGCCGACGCGCCCGAGACGUGCUUCUAUACCGCGUACGACCUUAUUCUCACCAAGCCGGACGGAUUGCGUUACCACCUGAUGGAUUACGUGGAGAUUGGCGAGGUUGCUGACGUGGCAGCCGGCGGGUGCCUGCUCGAGAUGUUCAACACGUUCUACGACGACCGCGCCGUGCGGCUGCACGUGCGUAAAACGAGGGAGCUUAUAUCGAUGGCUGGGUCGUACUCUAGCGCGUCUACGGCCAUGGCGGCGGAAUAUGAGCUAGUUAAGGGGUUGGCUACUGAACGGGAGCUUGGGGGGGAUGAGAAGGAGGAGGGGGAGGGGAAGGAGGGCGAGGGGGAGAAGGGGGAGAAGGAUGGGGAGAAGGAUGGGGAGGAGGGCGGGGAGUGGAAGAAGAGCGGGAAGGGGAAGAAGGGGAAGGGGCGGCGGAGCAAGGAGGAGGAGGCCAAGGAGAAGGAGCGUCGGGAGAAGGAGAAGGAGCGGGAGCGCAAGGCGAAGCUUCCGAGCAGCAAGGCUCGGAUGGAGGAGAUCGCGUCGCUGGAGCAGGGCGUGGGGCUGGGCGAUGAUCCCAAGGGCGUGCUGGCCAAGGUGAUGGUGAAAGGCGGCGCGGACGAGGACGCCGCGCCCGUCUGUGUGGAGAGCAUCGCCUUCUCUUCUUUCAACCCCGUGCCCGGCCCCAGGAGGCUCCAAGGCGAUCUCGUCUACCUGGAGGUGGUGACGGCAGAGGGAAAGCUCUUCUGUGUGACGGCGCACACGAGGGGCUUCUUUGUCAACCGCAGUGGCAGCGGCCGCAAGCUGGACCCGCGCCCUGCUGAGCCCAAGAUGGACGCGUCCACGCUGAUCGGCCUUCUGCGGCAGAUCAGCCCGCUGUUCUCCAAAGCCUUUGCGGAGGUGAUCGAGCGCAAAGCCAACCGCCACCCGUUCGAGAACAUGCUGGCGCCGCUGCCGCCCAACGAUUGGGCGGCAAAGCCCAUCUGGGGCGGCGCGGACGGCACGGGGCCGCUACAGUACACGCGUGACGUGGCGCGAUCCGAAGACGCCCUAAUGGCCCCCUUCGGAAUCGAUUUCAGCGGCGUUUUGAGGGACUGGAAUGAGGAGCUUCAGAGCUGCAGGGAGUUACCGCGUAACUCGUUACAAGACCGGAUCCUGCGCGACCGGGCCUUGUAUCGAGUCAGCUGCGAGUUUGCUGAUUCGGCGGUUCGCGGCGCGAAGGCCGUGAUUGGCCGGUCGAUCCCGCCGAUUAAUCCCCAUGACGCGGAUCGGUUCCAUAUGUAUGUGCAUAAUAAUAUCUUCUUCUCCCUGGCUGUCGAUGGGGAUUUCGCAGCGCUGCAGCAGAUUAGAGAGGCGGAGCUGAAGCAGCAGGCUGAGGCGGAAGCUGCUAAGACGGGGGAGGGGGAGGGAGGGGAGAAGAAGGAAGGGGGAAAGGAGGUGAAGGAGGAGGGGAAGAAGGAAGGUGAGAAGGAGGAGGAGAAGAAGGCGGAGACGAAGGAUGAGAAGAAGGAGAAGAGGGAUAAGAAGAAGAAGGAGAAGAAGGACAAGAAGGAGAAGGAGAAGAAAGAGCAGGAGGCGGCAGAGGAGAAAAAGGCUGAGGAGGCAAAGGCAGAGGAGGGAGAUAAGAAGGAAGAGGAGAAGAAGGAAGGGGAGAAGGAAGGGGAGAAGAAGGAAGGGGAGGAGGACACUAGCAGCAGCAGCAGCAGCAGCGGCGGCAGUGACGGAGGCAGAGCAGGCAACGUAUGCAUCGUCCAACAACGACCUCAAGGGCACCAUGGCCGUGAACAACGCGGACAUCCCCGGGCUCUACUCGCUUGCCAUGGCCAUCGUGGACUACCGCGGACACCGGGUGAUCGCGCAGAGCAUCAUCCCAGGCAUUCUGUAUGGCGAUCGCACGACUCAGAUGCUGUACGGGUCGGUGGACACGGGCAAGACCAUCAAUGGAGCGAUUCCUUCCACCCCAAGGUGGCGGAGCUGGGCAAGGCACUGCACCUCAAGGAGCACAAGGUGACGGACGGGGAGGGCAAGGAGGCGACGCUGUGCUCGCCUGUGGAGACUAAGGGCAUUCUGGGCAGCGACGACAGGAAGUACCUGUUGGAUUUGAUCCGCCUCACUCCCCGGGACGCCAAUUUUACCGCCACCACCACCAGCACCACCACUACCACCGGCACUGAUUCCAACGCCACUACCAACGCUGCCAGCGCUGCAAAUGCUGCCAACCGCCUGGCGAUUCUGCGUCCCGAGCUGGUGGAGAAGUUUUGCCGGGAGGAGCAGGUGGAGCGGUGGAUGGCUGAGAAGGGUGUGAGCGAGCGGCCGAGUGCAGAGGAGGUGGAGGAGGUGAGGGAGAAGGGCGAGCUGCCUGACGUGCUGUUCAACCCGAACGCGCUGACAGAAUUUAAGCUGGCCGAUGAUCCCAAGGAGGUGGAGAAGGACGAAGCGUUGGUGCGCAAGGCGGGCAAAUACCUGAUCGACACGGCGCUGCCGGCGCUGGUGGCGGAUAUCAAGAGCUCCGAGGGGUGGCCUGUGGAUGGGCGCGCGCUUGCCAGCACCAUGCACGCCCACGGCGUCAACCUGCGCUACCUGGGCCGGGUGGCAAAAGAGGUUGCUGACGUGGAGCAGGUGUAUUGGCUGUGCGUGGCCGAAAUGGUGGUACGGGCCACCAAGCACGUGCUCAAGGCUGUGCUGCGCGAGACGCUCGAGCAGGACGUGGCCGGCGCCAUCGCCCACUUCCUCAACUGCUUCCUCGGCACCUCCACCACCACGCCGCCGCCCACGCUCCCCGGCGUCGGGGAUACGGACAAAACCGAGGGCGGUGCGGCGGGCGGCGGGGGGAAGAAGAAGAAGAAGGGGAAGGGAGGGGAGAAGAAGGAUGGGGAGGAGAGGAAGGAGGAGGGGGAGGAGAAGAAGGAGGCGUUUUUGUUUGUGGUGGAUGUGCCGGGGUAUACUCGUAUUACGGCGGAUAUGGUGUGGUCUGAUAUUACUGAAGGCGUCAAGUACAAGUAUCAGUUUGAGAUCCCUCCUGAGACGCGCAAGAUGGUUCGCAGCCUCGCCACCCUCCGCAACAUCUGCCUCAAGAUGGGCAUUGUGUUGGCUGCAAGGGAUUACAACCUGGAGUGCGACGUGCCCAUCGCCAUUGCAGAUGUGUGCGACCUGCUGCCACAAGUCAAGUUCGCAUCACCUGCUUGCAGCGACGCACAGAAGCUGCUGGAGAAGGGCAAGAGCCUGGUGCACAAGGUCGGUUUGCCUCUGCGCCCACGUUUCUCCGCCACCCCUCAGAGCGGGCAGUGGCUGCGGGAGCACGAGAUGACUCUGAACUCCGCGUUUGAGAUUCUCAGCGAGGCAUAUCAGAUCCUGCAGCAGGUGUGCGGGCCUCUUCAUCUAGACGUUGCGGCGUGCUGCAGGUAUCUGGCUCUGAUCUUCUACCAUGCGGGGGAGACGGGCAACGCCAUUCUGCAGCAGCACCGCGAGCUGAUUAUCAAUGAGAGGGUGGUGGGGACAGACCACCCCGACACCGUGCACAGCUACGGCAACAUGGCGCUCUAUUUUCACGCCAUGGGUGAAUCAGAGCUCGCCCUGCGCCACUUCAAGCGCACCCUGCAGCUGCUCUCGCUCUCUGCAGGCAACGACCACCCCGAAGUGGCUUCUCUCUUUGUCAACAUCGCCCUCACGUACCAGGACAUGGGCAAGUUGCAGAACGCCAUGAAGUACCUGCAGGAGGCGGUGCGAGUGAGUGAGAAGCUGCUGGGGGAGAAUCACGUGCAGGUGGCCGUGUGCCACCACGCGCUUGCCCUCGCCUUCUCCUCUAUGGGCGCAUUCAAGCUCGCGCUACAGGAGGAGCGCAAGGCACAGGCGGUGUUUGAGAAGGCGGUGGGCAAGGAGGACCCGCGCACCAAGGAGUCGGAGCAGUGGGUGCAAUCGUUCCUCGACCGGGAGCUCAGGGCACAGAAGCAGAAGGUGGGGCAAUCAGCAGCAACGGUCCAGCAGCAACAAGCCGCUGCGCUCCGUGUGGCCGAAGCUCUCAAGCAACGGCCGGAGUUGCUUCAGGUGUUGCAGGCAGCAGCAGCACCUGGAGCAGGAGGCUCCACCUCGUACCAGCGUGCCGUGGCUGACGCUCUGCUUCGGGGAGAGGUUCCCCCACCUGCCCCCGGAGCUGGUGCAGGCAGGUUUGGCGGAGGCCUGGGUGCCACUGGUUCUUCAGGCACCGGUAUUCGAGCCAGGGGCGUGGACGAGCGGGCUUCCAGGGCUGCUGCUGAGGCUCGGCGAAAAGCAGCAGCUCGGGGGGUGAACCUGCGAGGAGCUGCAGGUUCGGCAGGCUCCCGAGCCGGUGCACCCAGUGCGAUGGACAUGGAAGAGCUUAUCAAUUUCAUCAAUAGCACCUCACCAGCUUCUGGUGUGGCCAGCUCUUCCGCUAGCAAGACAGGCCCGGCAGCUGGUCCGGCAGCUGGUUCGGCAGGUGGUUCGGCGGCGCCUGCUGGGCUUGGUGGUGUGGGUCUGGGUGUUGGUGUUGGUGCGGUUUCAGGAGCUCCGCCUCCCACGAAAGCUGGAGGGAAGAAAGGUGCGGGAGUAGCAGCGGCAGCAAGCAAGCCUGCAGCUACGGCAAAUGGAGAAGCAAGCCAAGAGGGGGCUCCUCUAGCCACCAUGCGUGAGUGCAUCUCCGUCCACAUCGGCCAGGCCGGUAUCCAGGUCGGCAACGCUUGCUGGGAGCUCUACUGCCUGGAGCAUGGCAUCCAGCCUGAUGGCCAGCUUAUGACCGGCGAGAAGACCUGCGGAGGAGGCGAUGACGCCUUCAACACCUUCUUCAGUGAGACUGGCGCUGGCAAGCACGUCCCUCGCGCUGUGUUCCUCGAUCUGGAGCCGACUGUGAUUGACGAAGUCAGGACCGGUGCCUACAGGCAGCUGUUCCACCCGGAGCAGCUCAUCUCCGGCAAGGAGGAUGCGGCCAAUAACUUCGCCCGUGGUCACUACACCAUUGGCAAGGAGAUCGUCGACCUGUGCCUUGACCGCAUUCGCAAGCUUGCUGACAACUGCACUGGUCUCCAGGGCUUCCUCGUCUUCAACGCCGUCGGCGGUGGUACCGGUUCCGGUCUCGGAUCCCUCCUCCUGGAGCGUCUGUCCGUGGACUACGGCAAGAAGUCCAAGCUCGGCUUCACGGUCUACCCGUCUCCUCAGGUGUCGACCUCCGUGGUUGAGCCUUACAACUCCGUGCUCUCCACCCACUCGCUCCUGGAACACACCGAUGUCGCCGUGCUCCUCGACAACGAGGCCAUCUACGACAUUUGCCGCCGCUCCCUGGAUAUCGAGCGUCCCACCUAUACGAACCUGAACCGUCUCGUGUCUCAGGUCAUCUCUUCCCUGACUGCCUCCCUCCGCUUCGAUGGCGCUCUGAACGUCGACGUUACGGAGUUCCAGACCAACUUGGUGCCGUACCCUCGCAUCCACUUCAUGCUCUCCUCCUACGCUCCGGUCAUCUCUGCCGAGAAGGCCUACCACGAGCAGCUGUCCGUGGCUGAGAUCACCAACAGCGCGUUCGAGCCUUCCAGCAUGAUGGCCAAGUGCGAUCCUCGCCACGGCAAGUACAUGGCCUGCUGCCUGAUGUUCCGUGGAGACGUCGUCCCCAAGGAUGUCAACGCCGCCGUUGCCACCAUCAAGACCAAGAGGACUAUCCAGUUCGUCGACUGGUGCCCUACUGGCUUCAAGUGCGGUAUCAACUACCAGCCUCCCACCGUUGUGCCUGGUGGUGAUCUCGCCAAGGUGCAGCGUGCCGUGUGCAUGAUUUCGAACUCCACCUCCGUUGCGGAGGUCUUCAGCCGCAUCGACCACAAGUUCGACCUCAUGUACGCGAAGCGUGCGUUCGUGCACUGGUACGUCGGUGAGGGCAUGGAGGAGGGCGAGUUCUCUGAGGCCCGUGAGGACCUGGCUGCGCUGGAGAAGGACUAUGAGGAAGUCGGUGCUGACUCCACCGAGCCUGGUGAUGAUGAGAACGAGGAGUACUAG